AUGGUCUCUUCGCAGCCGCCAUCCAUCUCCAGGCCUACUGUGUCGUACGCCGACCGCGCAAAGGGCCUGCAAGUCGCAAGGGCAAAGAAUGGUCCCACUAUUCCACGGCCUCCUCAGCCGCCAAGUUCGGCGAGCAGUACAUCUGGAACCACCGCAAGCACGAACAUGAUCGCCUCCAAACCAACACCGCUCCCGAGUGUAGAGACUCCUACGCCAUCCGCCACCCAUCCGAGCUCGAGCUCACAUCCACUUCCUGCGCCGGCUACAACCAUCAUGAACGGUGACGUAAAAUUACCCUCUGCUGACUCGCCGCGCUCGGCACCGCAGGACGAGGUAGCAUCCACAUCUAGUCCUGCGCAAAAACUUGCGCCUCCUCCAACGAAUGUUUGGAACCGCCGCAUGGAACAAAUGGCACAAACCCGGGCGAAAUCUGGUCAGGCCUCCUCGCAGCCGCCACGGCCCCCACCCAGUCCUCAGAACCCUUCUCCCAGUCCCCAAAAUACUCACCAGGCUGCGGCUUCUUCAGGUUCCACGCUACAGAAUGUUACAAAUAACGCACAGGCGCCGCCGGUGAUUGUGGCGAACGGCACGAACAACGGUCACAGGCAGCAUCAGGGUGACGCGUUCGUCGUGCGACCACGGACGCGCGUCCCUCUCGUGGACGACGUUGAGAGCUGGCCGGAGGUGGGGAAAGCCGUGAGUAGCGGGAGUGGGCAGUCUGACCCAGAUCAUAGUGCGAAGGGGCAAGAGAAGGGAGACACAGAGGGCGAGCAUACAUCCGCGCCGACACGGAAGAGUGAGAAGCCAAAAUGGGUACCUAUCCCGGCUACCGAGCUGCAGGCUGCGCACGAUGCGCAACAACGCGCACAGAAUAUACGCAAUCGCUCUUCGCAACAUCUCAACGCGCACCCGCGAUCUUCGAACCAAGGUUCCAGCUCGGCAUCAGGGUCAGGGCCAGGCUCUCAAGGGCAGAGUCGAACGCAGUCUGUCGCAGGAGGGGCGCGCCAGUCCGCGUCGGGCUCGCAUGCAGGUUCUGUCUCGCAAUCGCAGACGCAGAGCAGGACGGGCAGCACACAGUCGAGCCCGCCUGGUGCAUUCGCCCGUGGCGGGCGGCGCCUGCCGGAGGAAAGCAUGACGUACCCGGCAGGCGCGAGUCGCAGCAUCAGCAUGCGUUCGUCGCGAACAGGCUCGCCCCAGACCUUCCACCCUACGCUCCCGCCCCCGCCUGAAGCCGUCGCCAGCACGUUGGGCUACCGCGGGAUCCCGCCCAGCCUGGGGAGACGAGGGUCCGGUCAAGGCGAGCAAGACCAGACAGGAAUUCCUCCGUAUUACGUGCCCAUGCCGCCGAGAUCUUAUCACUCGCCCCAUCCGUCCGACUCGCCUGCUCACCCACCAUACGCGCUGCCCCCGAUCGCUCCUGUACCAACAUUGUAUUCUACGCCUGGGCUCCAGCCGCCGCAGUCGGUGCCUUUCUCCGGGACGCCGCCCUAUCCGAUGUAUUCGCCAUACGGCUAUCCGUACCCACCGUAUAUGUUUUGGCAACCUGGCACGUCGCCAGUUGCCCCUGAGGGCGUUCCACCACCCAUGAUGCUUGGUCGGCCGCCUCUGUCCGGAGAGAACGAGAGUACGGCAUUGUAUCGCGAGCCUGGGCAGGGGGAGCAGAGGCAGCGCGGCGCCGUGGAGAGGGGCAGGAGGACACGGGAGUUGAGCUUUGGGACCAUAGAUGCGGAGGUUGAGGCCGGUCAGCCUGAUGAGGAGUUGGGCGUGUUAGGGCUUCGCUUGACCAGCGAGGAACCGCAGGAGGCGACAACCACCAAGCCAACACCACCAUUUGCUAUAGGCGUCGCCCCAGGUGAGACGGGACCUGCGCGCAUACGUCGCGUACCCAUUCCAAAGGUCGUCAUCGACCUGACGGAGCCUGGCGAGACGAAGUGGGAGUUCGGCACGACAAGUCAGGAUGAAGCUGAGGUUAUUGCUGAGGUGGGUCCCCGACCGGCUCAUGUCAAUGGUACAGUGCAGCCUGCACCGUCACACCCUGGUCCAGCGCUUGGUGUCACCAGGAUGGACGCGGUCCCGCCGCCCUUCGUCCACCCGUCCGCUUAUGCACCUCCGCCCACCUUGCCUCCGAUCAUAACCACCACGAACGGUCUCGCACCCGCACACUCGCCUUCUAUGCGGGCGUCGGCACUGCCGCCUCUGUCCGCUUCCGAUGUGGGCCAGAGCGAUGACCUGCGGGUCAAGGACUACGGGUACGGCUUCGGUCGGAAGAACUACGGACCUCUCUCUGCGGGCGGUGAGCGGCGCGACUGGCAGGGUGAGCGUCCGCCGGAGAGGGAGUACUACGGCCGCUCAAGGCGAGGAUCGUUCGGAGGCUACGGGUAUGAUCGUGGCGGCCACGAGCGGGGCGGGUACCCAGGGCGUAGGGGCCGUGGGGGCGGCCGUGGCUACGAGGGAAGAGGCACGUACCAUGCACGAACACAUUCCAGGGGCGGCGGAUACCAGGGCCGCCAGCCUCCUUUCUCGGCUCAACAGCCGGCGUCAGUGCAGACCGACGUCAAUGGGUACUACGCGCCGCCGCCUCAGGGAACUACGUACUACUCUCCGGCGUACGAGCCUUAUGCCGCCGGCUACCCCGCUCCGCCUGCGAAUCCGCCCAUACUGCAGAACAUGCCUUCGGGCGCGCCCCUGCCCAUGCCGGUGACGCCGCUGUCCUUCCCACUGGACUCUGUACGGUACUACCUUCUCGGCCAGCUGGAGUACUACCUCAGCACGGACAACAUGGCGCAGGACUUCUUUCUGAGGCAGCAGAUGGACUCCCGCGGGUGGAUAUCAAUACCGCUCCUCGCGUCGUUCAAGCGCGUGCAGCAGCUGACGACGAGCUUGCAGCUCGUGAAGGACGUGCUUGCCCUGUCUAGCCUGGUCGAGGUCAGAGACGACCAUGUCCGCAUGCACCAGUGCGCGCAGUUUAUCUUGCCCAACGCGCCUGAGAGCACUGUGGAGGCUCUUGCCUAUGAUGGGAGCUUUGCGACUGUGCACGGAGAGGAGCCUGAGGAGGAAGAGGAAGACGUCGUCUUCGUCUUGGAGCGCCCCGCUGCGGAGGCCUGA